AUGGAUCUUGUUUUGUUGGAAUGGACCGUGACUAUUGGCUUUUCACCUUGUGCAAAUAAUAGCAAAAUCUGCAUCGCGUGUAGGUUAAUGUCUCAAAAUUUCGCUUUGAUGCUUGUGAGCGUCGGCAAGGCUGUGAAGUAUGCUUAUGACUCGAGUGAUCCUUAUGGCAAUAUUACGAUCAAGUGGGAUUUCCAAGAGAUUCGUGACGAUGGAUACACGGUAAUGGUUAACAUCUUCAACUACCAACUAUAUCGACACGUUGAGACUCCUGGAUGGAAGCUCGGUUGGGCUUGGAGUGGCGAAGAAGUAAUUUGGGACAUUAGAGGAGCUGAGGCCACGGAGCAAGGAGCUCCUUAUAGAAUGCAAACACAAAAUUGCUGCCGCGGUGGUGUAUUAUCAUCAAUGACUCAGGAUAUGACCAAAUAUGUGGCUUCUUUCCAAAUGAAUGUGGGAUCUAAGGAUUCUAUGAGAUUGAUGCCUUCAAAUUUCAGUCUCGCGAUUCCUGGAUAUACUUGUAGCAAUGCGUCUGUUGCUCCUCCAACGAAGUUCUUGAGCUCAAAUACCCGCCAUCAGAAACAAGCAUUGUUGACAUGGCAAGUGAUUUGUUCCUAUUCGCAGUUCAGAGAAUCAGCCAAACCCUCUUGCUGUGUUUCCCUAUCAACCUUCUACAAUGAGACUAUAGUAUCAUGUCCUACUUGCAGUUGCGGCUGCCAAGGACAUCCAAAUAGGCUCCAGUGUGCAAGAGAUGGAAAUGUACCUGAGUUCUUACAGUUACCAUCAGAGCCUGUUUUGAUGUGCACUCAACAUAUGUGCCCCAUACGUGUACAUUGGCAUGUGAAAACGAGCUAUAAGCAGUAUUGGAGGGUUAAAAUGACUGUAACCAACUUCGACUUAUUUAAGAACUAUAGCGAUUGGAAUCUGGUGAUACGCCAUCCUAACCUCCAGAGCUUAACACAAAUAUUCAGCUUCAACUACAAACCUCUGAUUCAGUAUGGCAACAUCAAUGACACAGGAAUGUUUUGGGGGAUAAAGUACUACAACGACUUGCUACUGCAGCAAGGAAGAUCCGGGAACGUGCAGUCUGAGAUGCUACUCCGCAAGGAUCCUGGCGUAUUUACCUUUCAGGGAGGAUGGCCUUUUCCGAGGAAUGUGUUGUUCAAUGGACAUGAAUGUGUCAUGCCGUCGCCAGAUGCUUAUCCUUCACUACCCCAGGGGAGCGUCGCAGCACCUUCACCGGAUUGCAACCUCUCUUUGCGAUCGACGAUAUUGUUUGUACUUAGUAUUUUGAUUUUCCAUUAGGGAAAAUAAAAUAGAUAGGCAUUUUUUAAGUUGUUGGUUAUGGACGUGGUUUAGUGAGGAAGUCACACAAUUUUGUGUUCUUCUUCUUCUUCCUACUCGUCGUUGUCCUAGUGUUUGUAGAGUAUUGUAUGUAGAAGGAAGACUAAAUGGUAAGUACUAAAUUUAUGAAAGGGUGUUCGUUGAACUCAUAAGUACUGCAUCGGGGAUCGUUGAC